CCGACUUCCAACUUUCCACAAGUUUAGUUAAGACGGUUAUACUGGGGAAUUUGUUCAGUGGUUGACCAAUUAGCUCCCCGUCUCUCGCUUGGCAUCGUCCAGAUCGAAGCAAAACCAAAACUUUGCUACUGCAACCGAAAGCGGAGUCGAAACUGGCAAGUAACAUGUCCACCGAUUUUGAAGCUCCAACAGAACAGAAUGAUGACUCCUAUUGCCUGAAUCUGCAUCUCCAACAAAUUUUGGCCGCGAUGACUCUCCGCAUCUCGGAUGCUCGGUGCUUGCUGCUCGGCCGAUCGUUUUUAUCAUGGUCUUGAGCCAGGAAAAUUAGGCAGCAUGCCGAUUCUGAAGGUACUCAUGCCUCCCCCUGCCAUGAACAUUGCCCACGUAAGUCGUGAUGUCCAUCUCCCACCACCGCCCAGCCAUGGCAACACGGAUUUCCUAACCAAGUGCGUCAAGACUUCCAGGGACGAUUUCUUCGGCGUCUCCUUUGACGAGACCGCUGAGAAUAACUUAUUCUCUCAUGUACUCUUGGAAGUGUCAUUCGUCAUCGUGGUCUCUCGGGUUAUCCGAUUUCUCCUCAAGCCUCUUCGUCAGCCUAGAAUUGUCUCGGAGAUCCUUGGUGGAGUGAUCGUUGGACCCUCCGUUCUGAGCCACAAUCGCAAGUUCAUAAGAUAUGUGUAUCCAGAUAGUGCGAAUUUUGUGGUCCGAAACGUCGGCACAAUAGCUUUCAUGUAUUUCCUCUUCAUGGCGGGCGUGAGAACGGAUAUGACCAUGGUGAGGAGGUCGGCGAAGAAACACGUGUACAUAGCAUUGACAUGCGUGUUCGUUCCCUCGUUCGUAGUGAUAGCAGUUGGUCUGAUCAUGCAGCGGUCCAUCAACCAUGCUUAUGGAAAUCCGUAUGCCCUCGGAGUCCUUGGUUCAUCCACUGCCAUAACGGCAUUCCCCGUUCUGUAUCCCAUCCUCAAGGAACUGAAUCUUCUGAAUUCUGAGAUUGGACGCCUGGCCUUAUCAUCUUCAAUAGUUGGGGAUAUGAUAGGAAUCGUCGCUAUCAUUAUAUUUGAAGCAGCUGUCCAAGCGAAAGCCGGUUCCAUCGCUGGCUUCUGGUGCUUGGCUACAACGGUCGGAUUGAUGGCCAUCAUGUUCUUCGGCAUUCGGCCUGCAUUUGCUUGGAUCAUUCGAAAUACCCCAGAAGGCCAGCCCGUUGACCAAACUUACAUCAUAGCGAUCCUUGUGGCGGUAUUGCUUACGGGGUUUUUGACCGACUUCAUAGGCGUGGCCAUCGCUAACGGGCCUUUGUGGCUGGGGUUGAUGAUUCCUGAUGGGCCCCCGCUCGGGACAACGUUGGUGGAGAGGAGCGACACGAUAAUCAUGGAGCUUCUUAUGCCAUUUUCCUUCAUGUACAUCGGCCAGUCCACGGACUUGGUCGCGAUGGGGAAGGCGUGGUCGAGCCUGAAACCAGUGUGUGCCAUUGUUGCAAUUGGGCACUUAACCAAAGUGGUGACAAGUCUUUUGGCCGGUCUCCUAAUCGACAUGCCCGUCGCGGAUGGUCUUGCCCUUGGCCUCAUCUUGACCCUCAGGGGUCAGGUUGAUCUCUUGCUGUUCAUUCAUUGGUUGGAGAAAAAGGUCAUAGAGCCGCAGGUGUACACGAUGAUGGUGAUGGUUUCGGUGAUGGUCAGUGCAAUAUCGACACCAUUGAUCGGCAUUCUGUACGACCCCACAAAGCCUUACAUGGUGAACCGAAGGCGAACCAUCCAACACACACCUCCAUCCACGGAGCUCGGCGUAGUGGUUAAAAUCCACGACGAAGAAGAUACCGCCAGGUUCAUCAACUUCAUAGACGCCUCCAAUCCUACCAUGAGCAAUCCGAUCUCAAUCUAUGGUCUGCACAUCGUGCAGUUGGUCGGUCGCGGGUACCCUAGGCUCAUCGACCACGGGAAGCUGGCGCAGUAUUCUAAGUACGCCAUCUACGAGACCAUCCACCAAGCCAUGAAAGUGUACCAGGAAAGCAAGAGCGAGUGCAUCAGCUACCAGGCCUACACGGCCCUGUCCCCGAAGCGAACCAUGUAUCGAGAUGUAUGUGAGAUCGCCCUCAAUAACAGGGCUACUUUGAUCCUGCUCCCAUACCACAAAAAUCUCCCACGGAACCACCAUGGAACUGUGCUUGUGAGUGACGUGUUGGCCAACGCACCAUGCUCGGUGGGCAUCCUCUUGGACAAGGGCCACUGUGGAAGCAACUCGAUGCGGAUGCCGGUGCCCAUGGUCAGCCCUUCGGACAUCCAAGCACAGUCCCACCAAUUAGUGGUCCUAUUUUUAGGGGGCGCGGAUGCUCGAGAAGCGCUGUAUUACGCAGAUCGAAUGGUGGGGAAUGUGAACGUGCGUCUCUCGGUGAUCCGAUUCCUUGCCCACAACGGGGAAGGGGAUGAUGAGAUGGAGAAGAAGCUGGACGACGGGGUGGUGACCUGGUUUUGGAUGAAGAACGAGGUGAACAGGAGGGUAAACUACAGGGAGGUGGAGGUGAGAAACGGGGAAGAAACGGUGGCCACCGUGCACGCGAUGAACGACAACACGUUCGAUCUGUGGAUCGUGGGGAGGAAGCAGGGCAUAAACCCGGUGCUGCUGCAAGGGUUGACGGCUUGGAGCGAGAACAGUGAGCUGGGAGUGAUAGGCGAGUACGUGUCGUCCAUGGAUUGUGAUGCGGCAGCUUCGGUGCUAGUGGUCCAACAACAAGUUCUGAGGGAGCAGAGGCAUUGGCUUCGGCGUUUUGGGGUGAUGUAACAGAACCUUAGGAACAGAGCGUCUGUAGCUGUAGAGUCCAGUUUUGCCUUAGGAUAGGUGU